AUGGAGAGGCCCUCGUCAACUCGAGGUUCGCCAUCUGAGCAGCUGACUGCUUUCGACCCUAUUGGGUAUGAAGCUUUCGCUCAUCGGGGAAAUCCUGUUCCGUUUCCUGGUGUGGGAUCUGUCCGCCCGAUCGGUGAUCCGUUUGCUAAUUGGUCCAACGAGUUGCGCAUGGCGUCGACCAUAACUUCUCAAACGACCCCUACAAGCUCUGCUUCCGGCUAUGCCUAUGCGCCCCAGGCGUUCGAACACUCCAAUGCCUUGGCUCAAAUUGCGCCCGCAACUCUUGACGUAACUCUUGACCAGGCAAACACCCAUGCCUCAGGCAACCGGUUUGAGUACUCUUCAACUUCCUCACAGCUUUCUCCUACGAAUGCUGGUUCUGGUGGAGUGCGAUACUCGCCUUCUCAUGUCCAGGCAUCACGGUCUGUGAAUCAAAUGCAGUACUUGCCUCAUGCGUCGACUCACAGACGUAUGCAUUUGGGUGAUCCACGCUACCUGCUUUCUCCUGUUCAGACAGCUAUUGCCAACACUCGCUAUUCACCAUCCCGUGAGCAAAUUAGUUAUGAAUAUAGCCCUACCCCGGCUUUCAUAUCCAACUUGUUCGCAACCACUCACGAUCCCGUAACUGGAGAUGCAAAUGCUGCGCCUGCGAAUGCUGCGUCCCCAAAUGCACCAAUCCAUGGAAACAUCGAUCACCAAGCUGGUUGCAACACUGGUAUCACCGCUUCACGCUCCUUCAGCGGUGGAAUUCAUGAUGCUACUGAGAAGAAUCGAUCCUUUAUCGUGCACAAUGUCUCUCUCGACACUUCGCACCGCUCUAUCAUUAUGAUGUUCCCUAUCGAGGAGUAUCCUUCCCUUGAGAAUGUUUGCCUCAAGCAGCUUGGGACCAAGGGCGUGUUCUCGUUUUCGUUUGGCGAUCUUCGAGAAGCCAUCAAUGCCAUGAACAAAAUUCGCUCAACUCGUCCUGGAUGGCGCGUCUUCCCGUCCACUGCCAGAGAGAUUGCUAACCUGAAUGGAACCAAUGGACCGUCUGCCUCUGCUCUUUCCGAUGGUGCAUUCUUGCUUUCUGUGUUCGUCACCAAGUGGCUCAUGAAGCCUAUGGAUGGGGUUGUCGAAAAUGUUGUUGCCUCCCUUGGCAAACUGCGUUCAUGCAAGCUUAUCGAGAAUGGAACGAACAUGAGUCGGUACCACGUGGAAUAUUUCAACGUGCGCCAUGCGGCUUAUGCUUUCUCCUGCCUUGGUGGGUUUAGACUCGAUAGUCUUCAUUUCGACGUCUCCCCAAUUGAUGCGAAAGAAGAGCCCGCUUUGUCUCACAAUCAAACUCCUAGUCGUGUUUCCCCUCGGAGCCCUGUGACCCCAUAUCACCUCGUGUCCAAGGAGAACGAGAUCGAGGAGAAGAUCGACAUUUCUCCUGCUUCUGAGGAGGGUAAGACGAAUCCUGAGCACGCGAUUGAUCUCGAUCGAAUCAGGCACGGACUAGAUGUUCGCAGCACUGUCAUGAUCCGCAACAUUCCCAACAAGCUUAGCUCGGAACAGCUUCAGCGCAUAAUUGAUGAGUCCAGUUAUGGGAAGUAUGACUUCCUCUAUCUUCGCAUGGAUUUCACCCAUCGUUGCAACGUUGGUUAUGCGUUCAUGAACUUUGGCGAUCCAAUCGAUAUUCUCGAUCUUGUUCGCGCUCGAGAGGGCAAAACUUGGCCCAGCUGCAUCUCCGAGAAGAGAACCGAGAUCUCUUAUGCUACACUUCAAGGAAAGGAUGCUCUGAUUAGCAAAUUCCGCAACAGCAACGUUAUGACUCGUCCUCAUGAAGAACGACCUCGGCUUUUCCAUAUCGACGGCCCUCGUGCAGGCACCGAAAUGGCUUUCCCAGGCCCCAAUGAUGCCAGUAAAUUGCGACGUUCAGUUGCUAGCACCACUCAGCAAGGCCUUUUCGCACCUCGUACCCGAGGUCCCACUACGCCUCACACCAACCGCAUCCGUCCUCAGUCUCAGUCGUUCGGUCAGACUCCCCGAGGUCGAGGUUCUAUCCGCACUUCCCGGCAUUCUGCUGGUCGAUCGGUCCAGCAUGCCCCUGGCGAGUUUGCUUCGAUGCAGACCGAGAACCGUCAAUUUACAUCGCAGAGGAAUUAA